GAGCGCGGCGGCCGGACCGGGGCCAUGGCGCCCGCGCAGCGCCCGCUGCUGCCACUGCUGCUGCUGCUGCUGCCGCUGCCGCCGCCGCCGCCCUUAGUGCGCGCGGAGGACGCCGCCCGCACCAACUCGGACCGCUACGCCGUCUACUGGAACCGCAGUAACCCCAGGUUCCACGCGGGCUCGGCGGACGACGGCGGCGGCUACACGGUGGAGGUGAGCAUCAACGACUACCUGGACAUCUACUGCCCGCACUACGGGGCUCCGCUGCCGCCGGCCGAGCGCAUGGAGCACUACGUGCUGUACAUGGUAAACGGCGAGGGCCACGCCUCCUGCGACCACCGGCAGCGCGGCUUCAAGCGCUGGGAGUGCAACCGGCCCGCGGCGCCCGGGGGACCGCUCAAGUUCUCCGAGAAGUUCCAGCUCUUCACUCCCUUCUCGCUGGGCUUCGAGUUCCGCCCGGGCCACGAGUACUACUAUAUCUCUGCUACACCACCCAAUGCCGUGGACCGGCCCUGCCUGCGGCUGAAGGUUUAUGUGCGGCCGACUAACGAGACCCUGUAUGAGGCCCCGGAGCCCAUCUUCACCAGCAAUAACUCGUGCAGUGGCCUGGCCAGCUGCCAGCUCUUCCUCAGCACCGUCCCCGUGCUGUGGACCCUGCUGGGCUCUUAGUCUCCGACUGCGGGAUGCCGGCCCCGCCUGGAUGGCCCGCCUCCGAGACCAAAUAGAGAUGCCACUUCUCCCACGACUGGUGCUGCUCCGCUGGGCAGGGGGCUGUCCACCUGCCCCAGGGCUGGCCGGGGGCUGGGGUCGGCCAAGGCACUCCCCGCCCCCCGCUGUGCCCGAGAGGCCAGGUGUCCCCAACACCUGGCCAAGCUGUCUUGUCUGGAGACCCUGGAGAACCCAGGAACCUCUUGGUGAUAUUGGGGUUUUGUUUUUUAGUUCCUUUUUUAGUGUAUUUUUCAUGGUUGGAUCAGAAAGACUUGAGUUUUUAAUUUAAUUUAUUCCUUGCUGUCGCCCAUGACUUUGGGAAAGAAACAGAAUGGAUGGGGCAGGGGUUCCUGCCCCCUGGAGGAGGAAGUCAGGGGAAACUCUGGUCUGGUCACUCCGUUUGUUGGGUCCUGGCUGGAGGCCGUGGUGGAGUGGGCCCCCCGGGCCCGGGACAGGCUGGCCUGAGGCAGAAGGGGCAGGUGAGGAUUCUGGUCCAGGGUCCUCAGACCCCUGUCCCACUAGCUGGACCCUCCUCCCUCCUGACUGUCUACCAGAGCUGAAACCCCAAGGUUUCACCAGAGGCCAUCGUGAAGCCUCGCCCCCUCCAAAUCAUAGCAUCCCAGCGUCUUAGAGACGGCCUCCGCCAUCCGUCCCCCUAGCCUUGCACAAUCGCCCCCCGAGGCCAAGAAGACGUUACAUUUCUGUAAAUAGAGCCAGCAAGUAUAUACUGUGAUUUAUUUUUACUGUAUUCCUGAGGAUGGACUGGAAUGUUUCUUUUCCUCUCACCCCUUCAUGGGGGGGAGGGGGUCUUUUAUUUUGGUGGGGGGGUGGGGUGGGGUAGACUUUUUAGAGUAGAAGCCGCACUUCGCAAUAAGCUCCUUUGUCUGUCAGCCCCUCUCCCCCACUACUCUAUGACGAACGAUGUUUGUUUGUAAUAAAAAGGAAAACAAGACAAAACAAAAUCGGGGGGGAACAUCAUCACCAAAAAAAAGAGAUCCCUCCCCAAGACACUUUAAUGAAGUAAACAGCGCAUUUAUACAGAUUUCAUAUUUCUACCCGCCUUUCCUGAUCUGUGUUUUAUAUAUAUUAUAUAUAAAUAUAUAUGGUGCGCGGCCGCCGGGAGCCGGCUCAGGCACGCCGGUGGGGGGCUUUUGUAGGGUCAUGGGCGGGCAAUGUUGCCACGCCUGGAGCUGGCGACGGGGCCUCCCCCCUCCGUCACAAUCAACUUUGGAUUCUGUAUUUUUUUAUAAUAAAAUGAGUGUAAACAUCA